AUGAGCUGUCAGGCUAUACCAUUGGUUAUGGAUGAAACAAAUGCUGUAUACUUUCAUCGUACAACUGCUGGACCUGUUCCUUUACCAUCCUCACUUGAAGAGGCAAAUGAAAUGAUGCCAAAUCUUUUUGAAUUUGGAUCUUUGAAUGAAAAUGCAACGUUGCUUAUGUUAGAUCAAGUACUACAAAAUGUGUUUCUACCUGCACUAAGUUACAGUGGAACCAGGUAUGAGACAGGGACAAAUGGGGACUCUACUGGUGAAACAACCCCUCAAAAGGGGACUUCUAUGACUGAUCCAGCAACUUCUGGUGGCAGGGUUGUCAUUCGUGAUGAAUUUAUGAUAAACUUGCAAAAAUUUGCUAAUCACAUUGGUCGAACUAUGCAGCAGCUUGCUGGAGACAUUCAUCUUAAAAUGCCUGAACUACCAUUAUGUGACGAUAUUGUGUUGUUAUCGCGUAAUCAGGAAUUACUGCCUCGUUUAGAGGAUACUCUUCAUGAUUGGCAGAUCACAAUGGCUUCAGCUUUGGAGCAACAGUUGAACCAUACACCUCAAGGUAACGGUACAUUGGCUGAGAUGGACUUCUGGCGAGAACGAAAUGCAACCCUUAGCGCUCUUGUUGAACAAUUGAAACGACCGCAGGUCGUCAAAGUUAUGGCAAUCCUUGCGCAAACGAGUUCUGACAGCCUAGCAACAUUUGAAUACCACAAAAAUGAAUUGACUAAGUAUUAUGUUGAAGCGAAAGAUAAUGUCCGUUUCUUAAUGACGCUGGAGAGACACUUCAAGAAUCUUGCUCAUGGGGCAAGUUUUAAGGUGAUUUUGGAAACAAUACCUUCAUUGAUGAACGCAUUAAGAAUGGUGUGGAUUAUCUCAAGACAUUAUAAUCGUGAUGAAAGGAUGGUACCACUUAUGGAAAGAAUCGCUUGGGAACUCGCUGAGAGAGUUGCGAAAGUUGUCAAUAUUCGAACUAUAUUCAAGGAUUCUCCUGCCUCUAUCAAAGCAAAAACAUCUGACGCCAAACGUACUUUAAUUCUGUGGAAAGAGACCUACUUUGAAACCCGCGCCAAGAUUGAAGCUUCUGGCCGCGAUGCACGUUGGGAAUUCGACAGAAAACGUCUCUUUGAACGAACAGACUACAUGGCGACAAUAUGUGAAGACGUACAUGAAGUAGCCCAGGUGUUGGAAGAAUUUUACAACAUAUUUGGUCCUGAACUAAAGGCUGUCACAGGAGAUCCAAAGAGAAUCGAAGACGUUGUGAAGCGGGUGGAUGGCUUGGUAAAACCUUUGGAAAAUGUUAGUUUUGAUCCGUUUAGUCUCCGUCACUCAUUAAACUGGCGAAAUGUCAUGGAAAGGUUUCGUCGCGAAGUUGGAGCAAUCGAAAACGAAGCAAAGCACUUCAUCGACGAUUCGUUUCAAACCCUGCGGUCUGCUGAGGGUGCUUUUGAUAUGUUGCAGAAUUUCAAGCAUAUUCGGUCACGUGACGCGAUUAAUUCACAAAUGAUGAGAAAGUUCAACGAUAUAUUACUGCAGUAUGGAAAGGAGGUGGAUGCCGCUUACGCACUUUUUAAAGCGGGUCACAUUUCACCUCCAGUGUACAAGAAUCAACCUCCUGUGGCUGGUGCUAUUGGUUGGGAAAGAUCUUUAUUCUAUCGUAUCAAACACACGAUCUUGAGAUUUCAGGAAAUCGAAGAAAUGUUGAACAGUGAAAAUGGAAAAAUGAUCAGCAAGAAAUACCUCUCAGUUGGCAGGCUUAUGAAGCAGUACGAAGAUAAGAAAUUUGAAAUGUGGCGAGAACAUGUGGAAAGCCAUCUUUUGUCUUAUCUCAAACGAAAUCUUUUAACCCGACCUGUAUGCAUCUCUGCGACGACGAGAUCCGUGAAGGAUGAUUCUCCAGCAGAAAAUGAUAUAAAAUCGCCUGUAUACAGCUCUAAUUUAAAUGUUCAGUAUGUUGUCGAUUUUUCACCGAAAUUAUACGAGAUCAUAACAGAAACAAAGUACAUGGAGCAGUUAGGCUUCCACGUCCCUGAACUGGCCAGAAACGUUUCUUUACAGGAAGAAAAAUUCAUCAAACAUGUUGAUGGUUUAAAACAGAUGUUGGCGCAAUAUCAUGCUCUUUUGUCAAAUUUGAAUCUUCCCGAGACUCAGUUACUUGAUGAUCAUAUCAAACAGUUGAAACGUGUUUUGAAACCAGGCCAUAAGAGACUAAAUUGGAACUCACUGGGUAUCGGGGAUUAUAUCACACGUUGUAAUCAGGCGUUGAGCAAAUUUGAAUCAUUAGUGAACCAAGUUCAGAAGAAUGCAAAAGAUGUCACUAGUCGCUUGAAUCUACUCGAACGAACCGUUUUUUUCCGACGUUAUCCAUCAAAGUUGACUUCCUCGUUACCAGGCCACAAGGAAUAUUUUGACCAUGUAAGUAGAUGUUGUAAGAAGGAGAUCGAGACUUUAGUGCGUAAGUAUCGUGCUACUGGUCCUCUACUCACCAAAAUGGAGGGUCUCGUUGUUCAUACCAACACUGGACGGUCACCCAAACUUCAUACUUAUUACACGUACUGGGAAAACUUGGUAUUUCAAGGUCUCACUCGGAUGGUUACUCGCAAUUUACGAUUGUUUUACUCUAAACUUCAAUCGAAACAACCGUUAUUUCAAGUGGAAACAAUCUUGUCAGCACCUGAGAUUGUUCUUAACCCAUCGGCUGGAGAAAUUUUUAAAAUAACCUUACAAACCGUUCGAGAUUGCGUGGAAAGUACGAAGAUGUUUGUUCGCUGGAUGCACGGCACUUGUGUCGAAACCCCACCUCAGCAGACUGAGGGUCAAGAUGAGCCCGUGAUUAUUAGUUUUUUCACGGACAUCUCUCACAAUCCAGUUGUUAUUGAGCUUGUGCAAAAUAUUUCGAAGAGCGUCCAGAACACACUGGGAUCACUUAACAAAUUCCUCAGUCGAUGGAAACGCUAUCGAGUGUUAUGGAAACUUGACAAGUCGACCAUGGUUGAGAAAUUUGCUGCGAAAAAUCCAUCGUGUAUUGCGUAUGAUGAUAAACUGCAGUUUUAUUCAAAUCUAGCCAAUGAGGUUGUCAACCAGCCUAUGACAAAGGAUAUUGAUUUUGUGCGCCUGCAGUUGGAACCGCUUGCGGUAACUGUGCAGGCAAAUGCCCGUGCGUGGGUAAAGGAACUUGGACGACAACUUAAUGAGGCUGCAAAGCAAGAUCUGAUGUCAUUGAAAACAGAAAUGGAGAAUUUGUCGAAUGAUUUGAAGCGUGUUCCUGAUACUUUAGAAGAUUUAAAAUUUGUAUUGAGAGUGAUUGCUAGCAUCCGGGAUAUGUCAUUGGAUGUUGAACUAAGAAUCAAAGAUAUCCUUGAACGAUAUAGAACAUUGUUGGUUUAUGAAAUUGAGGUUCCUGAAGUUGAACUGGAACUUUCAAAGUCAAUUGCGCAGAUGUGGGAUGAUCUUUUUAUGCAAUCAAAGUGGGUAGACGCAAGCUUGGUGUCUGUCAAAGUCAAAUUUACUGAGAUUACACAAGACCAAGUUUCAGUGUUCUCUACUGACAUUGCGAAAUUAGAAGAGAAGUUUAUUGAAUUUGGUCCUAGUUCUGUUGGUGCUGAUUUGGAUAAAGGAGUUGAGUUAUUAAAAGAUUUUAAAGAAGAAUUCAUGAAAUUUGAGAAUGAACGACAGGAACUUGCUAAUGCAGAGAAAUUGUUUGGUAUUCCUGUAACAUCCUAUCCUGCCAUGAUGAAGAUGGAACAAGAGUUGAAUGGAUUGGAACAAGUAUUUUCGAUAUACGAACGUCAAAAGGCUGCAAGAGAUGAAUGGUCCAACACAUUAUGGGCUAACCUAGAUGUAAACGUCUUGUCUGGUGGCAUUGAUGCUUUUACAAAAGAAUUAAAGAGACUACCUCGACAAGUCAAGGCAUUGCCCGUAUGUCAAAUUUUGGAGGAGAAAAUGAAGGAAUUCAAAGAUUCAAUUCCUCUCUUUUCCGAUUUAAAGAAUGAAGCGCUCAGAGAAAGACAUUGGAAGAAAUUAAUGGAAUUGACUGGGAUGAAGUUUGACUUAAAUCCGGAAACGUUCACGCUGCAAAAUAUGUUUGCAAUGGAAUUGCAUCGUUUUAGUGAAGUCAUUGCAGAUAUAACUAGUAGUGCCACGAAAGAAUUGAGUAUUGAGAAAGGCAUGAACGAGGUGUCUGACACUUGGGGUAACAUGAAGUUUACUGUAUUGAAGUACAUGAAAGGCACCCAGGAGCGUGGCUUCAUCAUCGGUGCUGUCGAUGAAAUCUUACAAAUCCUUGAUGAUAAUGCGAUGAAUCUCCAAAGCAUGUCAGCAUCGCGUUUUGUGGGACCUUUCUUGGAGUCUGUGAACAAGUGGGAGAAAAACCUAUCUCAUAUCGGAGAAGUUGUUGAAGUUUGGAUGGUCGUCCAACGGAAGUGGAUGUAUUUGGAAAGCAUUUUCAUUGGUGGAGAUAUUCGUUCCCAGUUACCGGAAGAAGCCAAAAAGUUUGAUGGAAUUGAUAAGACGUUCAAAAAGAUCAUGACAGACACUGCAAAGAACUCAAAAGUUCUCGACUCUUGUCAUGCGGCUGGAAGACUGGAAACGAUGCAGAACUUGGUCAAUGGUCUGGAAAAAUGUCAAAAAAGUUUGAAUGAUUAUCUUGACUCGAAACGUAAUGCUUUCCCCAGGUUUUUCUUUAUAUCUGAUGACGAGCUUUUGUCCAUUCUUGGAAGCCAUGAUCCAACUUGCGUUCAAGAGCAUAUGAUUAAGAUGUUUGAUAACAUUUCCAGUUUGCGUUUUCAAGAGGGUUCAUCUCAUGAAACUGUGGCAACGGCAAUGAUUUCAAGUGAAGGAGAAACAAUGGAGUUUAGACAAGCCAUUGUUACUGAAGGAAGAGUCGAGGAUUGGAUGACAAAUGUCCUGAACGAGAUGAGACGAACCAAUCGACUUAUCACGAAAGAAGCCAUUUAUAAAUACUGUGAUAACAUGGAGAGGGUCGACUGGAUGUUAUGUUAUGAAGGUAUGGUAGUUUUGGCUGGAAACCAAGUUUGGUGGACAUGGGAGGUCGAAGAUGUGUUUCAGAAAGUAAAAAAGGGAGACAAAAAGGGGAUGAAAAACUACGCUAGAAAAAUGCACAAACAAAUCGAUGAACUUGUCGUGAAAGUUCGUUCAAACUUAACAAAAAACGAUCGAAAGAAAUUCAACACUGUAUUAAUUAUUGAAGUACAUGCCCGUGAUAUUAUUGAUCGAUUCGUCAGAGAUAGUAUCAUGGAUACACGUGAGUUUGAGUGGGAAAGCCAAUUACGUUUUUACUGGGACCAACUUCCUGACAACCUGACAGUCAGACAAUGCUCAGGAGAGUUUGGUUAUGGUUAUGAGUACAUGGGACUCAAUGGUCGUCUUGUGAUUACUCCUCUUACAGACAGAAUAUAUCUCACUAUAACACAGGCUCUUUCGAUGUACUUGGGAGGGGCUCCUGCAGGACCUGCCGGUACUGGUAAAACAGAAACAACGAAAGAUCUCGCCAAGGCUCUAGGCUUGCUUUGUGUCGUUACGAACUGUGGGGAAGGCAUGGAUUAUAAGUCAAUUGGCAAGAUCUUUUCUGGUCUCGCUCAAUGUGGGGCUUGGGGAUGUUUUGAUGAGUUCAACCGUAUUGACGUCUCUGUCUUAUCAGUCAUUUCAACUCAGAUUAAAACCUUGCAGAAUGCUUUAAUACACAAUUUAAAAAAGAUCCAGUUUGAAGGAACAGAGAUCACGAUGGAUUCUCGUAUGGGUAUAUUUAUAACUAUGAACCCAGGAUACGCCGGUCGUACUGAGCUACCAGAGAGUGUCAAAGCUUUGUUUAGACCAGUUGUGUGUAUUGUACCUGAUCUGCAACAGAUUUGUGAAAUUAUGUUGUUCUCUGAAGGUUUCCUAUUGGCUAAGGUUUUGGCGAAGAAAAUGACAGUUCUGUACAAACUGGCUGCUGGUCAGUUAUCAAAACAGUCUCAUUACGACUUCGGUUUACGGGCUUUGAAAUCCGUCUUGGUCAUGGCCGGUGAAUUGAAGAGAGGUUCUCCCAAUCUUCAUGAGGAUGUCGUUCUCAUGAGAGCUUUACGUGAUAUGAAUUUACCCAAGUUUGUUUUCGAAGACGUGCCGCUCUUCCUUGGUCUGAUUGCUGACUUGUUCCCAGGUCUCGAUUGUCCACGAGUAAGAUAUCCCAACUUUAACGACGCUGUUGAAGCUGUCUUGGUUGACAAUAAAUACGUUCUUCUGCCUCAUCAGGCUGACAAGGUUGUUCAAAUGUACGAGACAAUGUUAACUCGACACACGACAAUGAUCGUGGGACCAACUGGUGGAGGUAAAAGUGUCGUGAUCAACACGUUGGCUCAAGCACAAACGAGACUUGGUAUUCCUACUAAGCUUUACACACUUAACGCUAAAGCUUGCUCCGUUAUUGAGUUGUAUGGUACACUUGAUCCGGUGACACGCGACUGGACUGACGGUUUACUAUCUUGUAUAUUCCGCGACAUCAAUCGUCCCACGGAGAAAAAUGAACGCAAGUACAUUGUGUUUGAUGGAGAUGUUGAUGCAUUAUGGGUGGAAAAUAUGAACUCAGUUAUGGAUGAUAAUAAACUGCUCACUUUGGCCAAUGGCGAACGAAUACGAUUACAAAAACAUUGUGCGCUGCUCUUUGAGGUUGCCGAUUUGCGGUACGCUUCACCAGCGACGGUUUCACGCUGUGGUAUGGUCUACGUGGACCCUAAGAAUCUUGGUUAUUUACCUUACUGGACCAAAUGGUGCGAGGCAAGAGCAAACAAAAAUGAACAGGUUGAACUCAAUGAAUUGUUUGAAAAAUAUGUUGCAUCGAGCAUUGAUCUUAUUCUGGACGGUGUGAUGGAUGGAAAACAGGGAAAGAAGUUAAAGAGCAUCAUACCAAUGACCAACUUGAAUAUGGUCACUCAACUUUCGAAGAUGCUCGACGCCCUUUUACCGACAGAAAGUGGAUGUACCGUUAGCGCUGAGAUAUUGGAAGGUCUCUUUAUAACUUCAAUUAUUUGGUCUCUGGGUGCGGGUCUUCUUGAAGAUGAUCGCGUUGUAUUCGACGGCUAUAUCAAACGGCUCUCUGGUCUUCCCCAGAACCCCACCGAAGGAAGUGUUGUUGGACCAGGUGAACUGCCCACCGCUUAUUCCACUCUUUACGAGUACUACUUUGAUUCAAAAGCAGAAAAGUGGAUAGCAUGGCAUGAUAUCGUCCCACAAUACAAUCACGAUCGUUCGGUCAAGUUCAGUGAGAUAUUAGUACCUACUCUCGACACGGUCCGUACCACGUGGCUUCUCUCUCUAAUGGUUAAUAUCAAGAGACCAGUCGUACUGGUCGGGGAAACUGGGACUUCAAAAACAGCAACAACGGCAAAUUUUCUACGUAAUUUGGACAACGAUACGACGCUUUUGUUAAAUAUAAACUUCUCAUCACGAACCACGUCAAUGGACGUUCAACGUAAUCUAGAAGCAAAUGUUGAGAAGCGAACAAAAGAUACAUAUGGGCCACCGAUGGGCAAGAGACUACUGGUGUUUAUGGAUGAUAUGAAUAUGCCACAGGUAGACGAGUACGGAACGCAACAGCCAAUUGCUUUGCUAAAAUUACUAUUGGAACGAGGUGGUAUGUACGACAGAGGAAAAGAACUUAAUCUUAAACACUACAGAGAUAUUGGUUUUAUUGCUGCUAUGGGAAAGCCUGGUGGUGGUCGUAACGAAGUUGACCCGAGGUUCAUAUCGUUAUUUAGUGUAUUUAACGUCACAUUUCCGUCCAAAGAGUCUCUCACGAAGAUCUAUUCGUCUAUCCUCGAUGGUCAUCUUCAACCUUUUUCUAAGGAGGUUAUAGGAUUGACUGAUGCGAUAACCUCGUCAACUUUAGAUCUCUAUGCAAAAAUUGUACAAAAUCAUCCCCCUACACCGUCUAAGUUCCACUACAUCUUCAAUCUGCGUGACCUCUCACGUGUGUACCAGGGAUUGUGUUUGACAGUGCCUGAUCGCUUUGAGAAUGCGAGUCAAUUCGUCCGUGUUUGGAGAAACGAAUGCUUACGGGUGUUUCACGAUCGUCUUACAAAUGCUGUUGAUAAGGCUGCCGUACAGGGUUAUAUUAACGGUCUCUUGGAGGAGAAAUUUUCCUCUCAUCUUGAUUUUGUGUUACGUGAACCCAUCUUAUUUGGUGAUUAUCGAAAUUCACUGACAGGCGAGAUUCGUGUCUAUGAAGACAUUGUCGACUAUGAAGCAUCGAAAGCUGUUUUUGAAGAGAUCCUUGAAGAAUACAACGUGGAUCACACUGUCAUGAAUCUUGUUCUAUUUGAUGAUGCCUUGGAGCAUCUAACCAGAAUUCAUCGUGUCAUUCGCAUGAGUCAAGGCCAUGCACUACUAGUUGGCGUUGGAGGCAGUGGUAAACAGAGUCUAACUAGACUGGCGGCGUUUGCUGCUGGUGCUGAAAUAUUUGAGAUAACACUUAGUCGCGGUUAUGAUGAGUCAAACUUCCGUGAUGACCUUAAAGUCUUGUAUCAGAGACUGGGCAUUGAAAAUAAACAAAUUGUCUUUCUCUUUACCGAUGGACAUGUAGCACAAGAAGGUUUUCUUGAAUUAAUCAACAAUAUGUUGACCUCUGGAAUGGUUCCUGCCCUGUUUCCUGACGAUGAAAAAGAGGCCAUUAUCGGGCAGAUUCGUGAUGAAGCAGGCCAGCACGAUGUUCCGCCAUCACGAGAAUCCAUUUGGCAAUACUUCAUGUCAAAAUGUGCUAAAAAUCUUCAUAUCGUGCUAGCAAUGUCCCCCGUUGGUGAAACAUUACGUACGCGAUGUAGAAACUUUCCGGGACUUGUUAAUAACGCUAGCAUUGAUUGGUUCAUGCCGUGGCCAAAACAGGCCUUGUGUGCUGUCGCCUCAGUCUUCUUAGGGGAACAGAAUGACAAAAUUCCCAAGGAGUAUCGUGAUUGCGUCGUUGAUCACGUGGUGUUUGUUCAGGAGACUGUUGUCAAUUACAGCAAAGAGUUUCUUUUGAAGUUACGACGAGUGAAUUACGUCACUCCAAAAAAUUAUCUCGACUUUAUUAAUACUUAUAACAAACUUCUCGAAGAAAAGGAUAAAUAUGUACUAGAACAGUGCCAUCGUUUGGAUGGAGGGCUAAGCAAACUAUUGGUAGCCAGUGAUCAGUUAGUUGAACUUAACGAGAAGUUGGCAAUACAAAAGGUUGCUGUGACAGAGAAGAGCGAGGCCUGUGAACGACUUCUGGCUGUGAUCUCCGAGAACACAGAGAAGGCCAUCGAAAAGAAACAAAUGGCUGAAGCAAAGAAGGAAGAAAUAGCUGAACAGAACAAACUUAUUGUAGUUGAGAAGAAAGAAGCUGAAGAUGCUUUGGCUGAAGCUUUGCCAGCUCUAGAGGAAGCUAAAUUGGCUUUACAGGAUUUGGAUAAAUCUGAUGUUACCGAAAUCAGAUCAUUUGCAAAGCCACCACAAGCUGUGCAAGAUAUUUCAGAAUGCAUCGUUGUCAUGCGAGGCUACAAGGAUAUUUCGUGGAAAACAGCCAAAGGAAUGAUGGCAGAAGGCAACUUUUUGAAAACUUUGCAGGAAUUGGAUGUUGAUGGAAUAACUAGUGCUCAAGUGAAGAAAACAAAAGACAUUUUGAAACAGUCCAAUUAUAGCAUGGAUGAAAUGCAAGCAAUUAGUAAAGCUGGAGCGGGUCUGUACAAGUUUGUAUUGGCCGUUAUGGGAUAUUGUUCCGUAGCUAGAGAGAUUAAACCCAAGCGAGAAAAGGUGGCGAGACUUGAACGCAACUUUUUGCUGAGCAAACGUGAGUUGAGCAAGAUCGAAAAAGAAUUAAAGAAUUUAGAAGAUGAAUUAAAGGCAUUGAAUGAUAAAUAUGAGGCGGCCAUGUCAGAAAAAGCGGCGUUACAACAAGAAGCCGAGAUCAUGGAGAGACGAUUAAUUGCUGCUGAUAAACUCAUCUCCGGCUUGGGCUCUGAGAAAAUAAGAUGGACUGAAGAUUUAGAAGAACUAAAACGUAAACGUGUACGAUUGAUAGGAGAUUGCCUUCUUGCUGCGGCGUUUCUCAGUUAUCUUGGGGCUUUUAGUUGGGACUUUAGACGCGAAAUGCUUAGUGAUGAAUGGGAAAAAGAUGUUGUGAAACGGGAGAUUCCACUCAGUCAACCAUUCAAGAUAGAUAACCUGUUAACCAAUGACGUUGAGAUUAGUCGGUGGACAUCGGAAGGUCUCCCCGAUGAACUUUCAAUUGAAAAUGGUAUAUUAACAACACAAGCCAGCAGGUAUCCAUUGUGUAUUGAUCCACAACAACAAGCGUUAAAUUGGAUCAAGAAGAAAGAAGAAGAAAAUAACUUGAAGACAUGCACGUUCAACGAUUUAGAUUUCCUGAAGCAAUUGGAACUUGCUAUUAAAUACGGCUUCCCUUUUCUCUUCAAAGAUGUGGAUGAGUACAUUGAUCCUGUUAUUGAUAAUGUCCUAGAUAAAAAUAUCAAAGGUGAGGUUGGUCGACAGUUUGUUAUGCUUGGUGACAAGGAAGUAGAUUACGAUCCAAACUUUCGUUUAUAUUUAAACACAAAAUUAUCUAAUCCAAAAUACACUCCAGCUCACUUCAGUCGUUGUAUGGUCGUCAAUUACACUGUUACACUGAAGGGUUUAGAAGAUCAACUUCUCAGUGUCAUUGUGGGAUUUGAAAGAAAAGAGCUUGAAGAACAAAGGGAAAGACUUAUUCAGGAAACAAGCGACAACAAAAAGUUGUUGAAAGAUUUAGAAGACACGUUGCUUCGUGAACUAGCCACUUCCACUGGGAACAUGCUUGAUAAUGCUGAACUUAUACAAACAUUAGAGGAUACCAAGACCAAAGCAAACGAGGUGAGCGAAAAACUCAAGCUUGGAGCUAAGACAGCUAUAGAUAUUGACAAACUUCGCGAUGGUUAUCGACCUGCAGCAAAACUUGGUGCUGUCUUGUUUUUCGUUUUGUCUGAGAUGUCCAUAGUGAACAGCAUGUAUCAAUAUUCGCUUGCUUCUUAUCUCCAAGUCUUUGAUCUCUCUUUGAAAAAGAGCAUGCCAGACUCAAUUCUACCCAAACGACUUAAAAAUAUAAUGGAAACACUUCAGUUGAAUGUCUAUAACUACGCAUGUACAGGAUUGUUCGAGAAGCAUAAACUUCUAUUUUCAUUUCAAAUGACGAUCAAAAUAAUGCAAGCAGAUAACAAUCUAAAUCAAGAAGAACUCGAUUUCUUUGUGAAAGGUGAUAUUUCACUGGAGAAAAGUUCUCGACGAAAGCCAUACACCUGGUUAUCUGAUCAAGGUUGGCAGGAUAUCCUCAAGUUAUGUAAUGUUGCUCCCAAUACAUUUGGAAAUCUAGCUGAUGACAUUGAGCGCAAUGAAGAAGUGUGGAAAGAGUGGAGUGAUUUGGAUGCACCAGAAGUCGCGGAGAUCCCUAUGAAAUACGAAGGAAAUCUCUCAGACUUUCAGCGUCUUCUACUGCUACGUUGUUUUCGAGUGGAUCGUGUUUAUCUUGCCAUCAGUCAUUUUGUCACCAAGAAAAUGGGAGAGAAAUACGUGACACCCCCCGUGCUAAGCUUUGAAGCAAUCUUUGAACAGUCAACACCGCACUCUCCAAUCAUCUUCAUUCUAAGUCCAGGAUCUGACCCUGCCAGUGAUCUUAUGAAGUUGGCUGAAAGAUCUGGUUUUGGUGGCAAUAGAUUAAAAUUUUUGGCAAUGGGUCAGGGGCAGGAAAAGCUUGCCUUGCAACUUCUUGAGACAGCGUUAACUCGUGGUCAGUGGCUUAUGUUACAGAAUUGUCACCUCUUGGUGAAAUGGCUCCGGGAAUUGGAGAAAGUCCUUGAACGAAUUAGUAAGCCUCACCCGGACUUCAGACUUUGGUUAACUACAGAUCCGACACCAGAGUUUCCUAUUGGUAUAUUACAACGGUCAUUGAAGGUUGUAACAGAACCACCUAAUGGUUUAAAGCUUAAUCUUCGUAGCACAUUUCAUAAAAUAUCGAAUCAGAUGCUAGCUGACUGUCCUCACGCCUGCUUUCAACCACUCGUGUUUGGCCUUGCAUUUUUUCACGCAGUCGUUCAGGAGAGAAGAAAAUACGGAAAGAUUGGAUGGAACAUUGCGUAUGAUUUCAAUGAAAGUGAUUUUAGGGUCUCCAUGAAUAUACUUGAUACCUAUCUCACGAAAGCUCACGAUCAAGGCGAUCAGCGGAUUCCAUGGGCAAGUUUAAAGUACCUUAUAGGCGAGGUGAUGUAUGGUGGUCGAGUUAUCGAUGAUUUUGAUCGACGCGUAGUAAAUACUUACAUGGACGAAUAUAUGGGAGAUUUCAUCUUUGACACCUUUCAACCUUUUCAUUUUUAUAUGAACGAUGAGGUUGACUACUGUUUACCAAAAGGAGAGAAUGAUUCAGUCAAUCGUGACGUGUUUGUGGAAUACAUUGAAACACUUCCUCUGGCCAACACGCCCGACGUGUUUGGCUUGCAUCCAAAUGCUGAGAUUGGCUACUACACGACUGCUGUUAAAGACAUGUGGGCACAUCUAAUAGACUUGCAACCGCAGACCACUGGUGAUGCUGGCGGCAUCAGUCGCGAGGAAUUUAUUGCAAAAAUAGCUAGCGAUAUUCAAGGAAAGCUGCCGGCUUUGUUUGAUGUAGAACUUAUACGCAAGAAGUACACAGAUAUCCAACCGACAACCGUUGUGCUCCUCCAAGAGCUUGAUCGUUUCAAUGUUUUGAUCAAGAAAAUGUCAACUUCACUUGUGACCCUACAAAGAGCACUUGCAGGUGAAGUUGGAAUGAGUAACGAGCUUGAUGAAGUUGCAAAAUCUUUAUUUAAUGGACAACUUCCUAACAUCUGGCGCAAACUUGCACCUGCAACACUAAAAAAUCUCAGUAGUUGGAUGGAACAUUUCUUAAGAAGAUUUGAUCAAUAUCGGAGAUGGGUUAAUGACGGUGAGCCUGCAGUCAUGUGGCUCUCCGGCUUACAUAUACCAGAGUCUUAUCUAACAGCUCUGGUGCAAGCGACUUGCCGCAAGAACGGUUGGCCAUUAGAUAAAUCAACGCUGUAUACAACUGUCACACAAUAUCAGACAGCAGAGGACGUCCAAGAGCGAGCACACGCAGGAUGUUUUGUCAGCGGUCUUUAUCUUGAGGGAGCUUCGUGGGACAUCCAAUCUAGUUGCCUACGGCGUCCACGUCCAAAGGUUUUGGUAGAGGAGCUGCCCAUUUUAAAAGUCAUUCCUAUCGAGGCACAUCGAUUGAAGUUACAGCACACAUUUCAAACUCCUGUUUAUACGACUUCACAACGUAGAAAUGCCAUGGGUGUUGGUUUGACAUUUGAAGCUGAUCUUGCCACGCGGCACGUCUCGCAUUGGGUUCUUCAAGGUGUUUGUCUUACUUUAAAUGCUGAUUAAAGCAAUCGUUAUACUUGUAAUAUAUGAUGCAAAUAUUAUUUAUCAUAAAAAAGUGUAAAGGUAUGUGUUUUUAUAACUUGUUUGUUCUUAAAUAAAAUUACUAAAUAC